GCUCCUUGCAGCCGUCGUCCGCUUCGUUCCAGCCGUUUUCAGAGCAGCGCUGCUGACUGUUCUGGAGACGGACUCGCCCUGUCCCGUGUUUAGAGAAACAACCGGUUGUUUCGGACAAGCGUUGUGGGGAAGCCCUCAUGGCUUGCAGGCUGGAGCGUGCAAGAGAGGCGCUGCCGGGGGGCUUGGGCCCAAUCCGUGCUCUGUACCAGGAGCUGAGCCAGUUUCCCUCUGUAGCUUAUGCCAGUGUAGGAGUUGGAUUUGCUGUUUGUGGGGGUGCCAAGUGCCUGCCCCUUUAUACUGAGUGGUGCCAGCCUGAUCUGGGGCGCCGUCAGCAGUUGCAGUUCAGUCGUCAGUAUAUCCUGCACCAUGAUGGCAGAGCAGUUGUCUCAGUUACUCCGAUUGGUGUGCCAGCUGAGAUCCGGGACCAAUUGCUGAUCAGAGUGUCACCUACUGGGAGGCACAAGGCUGUUCUCACUCACCACUUGGAAAUGGGGCAGAAGCAGGAGGUGCUGGAGGUCUGGAGCCACAGUGGGAGGGUAAGAAAUGUCAACCUCACAGCGCUGGAUAAACAUGGCAGAGUAUACACAGAUGGGCAAUUUGGGUGCUUUGCCUGGUCCAACUCAGAAAUACAGAUCCUGUAUGUUGCGGAGAGAAGACGCCCCAAAAGACAACCACUUUUCCCCAAAGGAGAAAAAACAGGUGCAACAAAGGAGGAGCAGUUUGUGUACUAUGACAAUUGGGGAGAGGCACUGGGUGAUAAGAGUGUUCCUGUCUUGUGCGUGCUGAACAUUGAAACCUGUGAAGUUUCAGUGCUAGAGGGCAUCCCGGGGCACAUCUCCCCUGGACAGGCCUUGUGGUCCCCAGAUGACAAGGGCAUAGUGUUUGUUGGCUGGUGGCACGAGCCCUUCAGACUGGGAUUGAAUGCUUGCUCCAACAGAAGGUCGGCCCUAUUUCUCUUGGAUCUCUCCAAAGGUAGCUGUGAGCUGCUAUCCUCAGAUGACCAGGCUGUCUCCUCUCCUCGGCUCAGUCCUGACAGAGCUCACCUGGUGUACUUGGAGGGGCCAGUAUUUGGGCCUCAUUGCCAGUGCCUAAAGCUACAGAUGCUCAACUGGCAAACAAAGCUCACAUCCACUGUGGUGGACAUAGUCAGGACUGCCACGGCUGGUUUUUUCGGGAUUUACUCGGGGUCAUUGCCCCUGCUUUGCUGGGCCAGCGACAACAAUAGAGUCCUGCUAAGCACUCCUCAGAGGAGUAGGAAGGAACUGCUGGUUGUGGAUACCAAACUGGGGAGUGUGAAGUCAAUUACAGCAGGCACACUAGAAGGUAGCUGGACUCUGCUGGGAAUUCAGCAGGAUCUCAUGGUGGCGAGCUGUUCUUCUCCUAAUUGCCCUCCAAGCCUGAAGGUGGGUGUGCUUCCUCCUGCAGGGAGUGAGCUGGAACUGCAGUGGAUGAGUGUGGAGGAAGCCUCUGUACUGCCAGAUAUGGAAUGGAAAAUCCUCACAGUGCAUCCUCCUGUGUCUGAGGAGGGCAGCCCAUACACUGGCCAGGCAUUUGAAGCUGUGUUGCUGAGUCCUCGAGGAAGCAAAAAGGGGGAAAAGGCUUUUCCCCUUGUCGUUUCUCCACAUGGUGGCCCACAUGCCGUCUUUGAUGCUUGUUGGCGUCCAACCAUGGCAUGUCUCUGCCGGCUGGGUUUUGCUGUGCUCCUGGUGAAUUACAGGGGCUCCCUGGGCUUCGGUCAGGCCAGCAUCGAGUCACUAACAUCCCACGUGGGGGUGCAAGAUGUGGAGGACACUCAGCUGGCAGUGGAGUUGGCGCUGCAGAUGGAGCCCCUGGACCCAAAUAGAAUCGCCUUGUGGGGAGGCUCUCAUGGUGGCUUUAUCUGUUGCCAUUUGAUUGGCCGAUACCCAGAGAUGUACAAAGUCUGUGCACUCAGGAGCCCUGUUAUCAACAUGGCCUCUCUACUGGGGACCUCUGACAUCCCUGACUGGCGAUACUCAGCUCUCGGUCUGCCAUACUGCUUUGAGCGGAUUCCCACUGAAGAAGAUCUGGCUGCCAUGCUGCUCAGCUCCCCCAUAACUCAUGCUGCAAAGGUGCAAGCCCCAUUGCUGCUGUGUGUAGGUGCCAGGGACCGGCGAGUUUCUCCAUACCAAGCUGUGGAAUAUUAUCGAGUGCUGCGAGCCAGGGGUAUCCCCGUGCGGUUGUUGUGGUAUCCAGAAGAAAGUCACACCAUAAGUGGAGUGGAGGCUGCAGCAGAUGCCUUUAUGAACUGUGCACAGUGGAUCAUACACUACCUUUCUACAGAAGCAGGCUCCGAAUGUCAGCAGCCAGCUGAACAAGCAGAUGUCUAAAUAGUUGAGAAGCGAACUGACUGUGCAGAUACAUAUCCUUCCCCGUGAGGAUCACUGGAUAGAUCUUGCCUUCAUAUUCUGGCAGUCGUUCCUUCCCGCCAACCCCACUCCCCCCAGCCUACAAGCAAGUUUUUGGUGCUUAUUUGAUCAUUCCUAGGCAUGCCAUUGUGCACUGUCUUCCUUAGUCACUAAGUCUGUAGAUAUUGCAAAGAACCGAUAGAUCUACAUACUAGGCAUGUGCUCCGCUCCGAUUAGGAGCACAGAAGCAGUAGCGAAUUGGCCUGCUCCGCCUUACCCAGAGGCGGAGUAGAAGCGGACCGCAGACCCCUAGAAGCAAGGCGAAGAGAAGCGGCCAUUUUUCGGAGCUCCUAUUUCAGGCGGAGCGCUCCGAUCGCCAUCUUGAAAACAUUUCGCCCAUAGGAUUGCAUUGCAGGAAAUAAUCGCGGAUAACUGGGUUGUUUUUGAAGCUAUCGUUCUGAAAAUUCUUCUGCUCAGAGAGUCGUGGAUGGGGGUCAUUUUGAGACUACUCUCACCUCUGCGUUGUGCGGGUCGCGUGCUAGAAUUUUUUAAAAAUCGGGUAAACCGACAGCGCGGGUCAAACGGCGGUUUUCGCCCAUAGGAUUGCAUUGAGGAAAAUAAUUGGGGAUAACUGGGUUGUUUUUUAAGCUAUCGUUCUGAAAAUUCUUGUGCACAGAGAGUCGUGGAUGGGGGUCAUUUUGAGACUACUCUCAACUUUCUGCGUCCUGUGGUUCACGUGCAAUAUUUUUUUAAAAAAAUCGGGUACAUUUACAUACAAACGAUAGGGUAAACCGGCUGUGGCGCGGCGUGGUUUAUUGAAGUGAUGACAGGCACAUUCAACUCCCAAUCCUGAUGAGAAUUGAUCACCUCAUGAAGCAUCAUCCUCCAAUCCCAGCGUUUGAGGCGGGGACUAAGCCAGAGUUGCCCUCACAGUCAGAGAGCUCUCAGCCUCUUGUGGGUUUAGCGUUCGUUGGGAGAGGGUCUACUUAGUGAGCUGCUGCUGUGUACUUUGGAGAUAGAUUAGGAUUUUAGCUUGGCGUGUGUGUUUGUUUGCUUCUUUCUGACUUUUAGCUUAGUUUGCUCUGUGUUUUUCCCUUACUUUGAUUUAAUAUAAACUUUAUUUUUAAA